AUGCUACUUGCUAGUCUUAGACUCGACAUUUUCUUUGUUGGAACAGCUUCUGAUUUUGCAGGAGAGGUAGUGGAGGUUGGAAAUGGAGUGAGAAGUUUCAAACCUGGUGACAAAGUUGUGGCGGUUACUUUUGCCAAGAGGUGGGUGGAUGAUCACAACUUGGUUUAUAAUUUUGGUGCAGUCACCAAAUCCGGAGAGGUAGUGGAGGUUGGAAAUGGAGUGAGAAGUUUCAAACCUGGUGACAAAGUUGUGGCGGUUACUUUUGCCAAGAGGUGGGUGGAUGAUCACAACUUGGUUUAUAAUUUUGGUGCAGUCACCAAAUCCGCCUCACAUGAUGCAGUAAUUCAGUGUGCCACGGGCAUCCCUUUGUCUACUUUCGAGCCUAAUCUGAGUGCAAAUGGGAAAGUAAUAGAUAUGAUUCCUGGCGUCAGUGCCAUGUGGACUUUUGCUCUAAAGAAACUCACCUUCUCUAGGAAGCAGCUGGUGCCACAUCUUCUAAUUCCCAAAGGUAGAAACCUGAAGCAUCUUGUUAAGUUGGUCAGUGAAGGGAAGCUAAAGACGCUGGUUGACUCAAAACAUCCCCUGAGCAAGGCCGAAGAUGCUUGGGCUAAGAGCAUUGAUGGUCAUGCUACUGGGAAAAUUAUCGUCGAGCCUUGUGUUGGUUUUUUGGGGAGUCUAGUUUGUAUAUGUGAUCUGGACGAUAAUUCAACCCCGAAGUAA